AUGACUAAUGUAAAACCAAUGCCCUCACCAAGCGUGCAAGGCAAGAAACUAUCAAAGACUGAUGGACAGCCCCUCUCUGAACCUUACAUGUAUCUUAGCACCAUCGCCGCCCUUCAGUACUUAACUCACACAUGGCCGGACACCACCUAUGUUGUUAACCAACUGAGUCAAUUUCUUCAAACUCCAAUUGAUGUACAUUGGCAAACAGCUAAGAGAGUCAUUCGCUACAUCAGCGGCACAAAACACUAUGACCUUUACUUCCAACCAAGCCCGAAUCUACAAGUCUCUACCUACUAUAAUGCUAAUUGGGCAUCCAAUCUCGAUGACAGAAAAUCAGUGGUCACCUACUAUACCUUUGUAGGAAAUAACAUUGUAUCAUGGUCCUCGAGGAAGCAAACGGUGGUUGCACGGUCAAGUACAGAAUCUGAAUACAGGGCACUAGCUCAUGCUACAUCCGAAGUUCUCUGGCUUCAAUAA